CAAUAGGGAUUUAUGCGGUCAAUUCAAGAUUUUCCCUCCAUGUCCCAAAAGCAAAAAAUCAAUCGCAACCAAAAUAGAAAUUUUUGCUCCCAUCACCACUUUCCUCAUAUUCCUAGUUAUUGGAGGUAUUCUCUUGUCUCGUUGUGUGUUCAAAGAAAAUCAACUUGAGUUAAGAGAAUCUAAGAAUGGAAACAUAUUCUCGAUAUGGAAUUAUGAUAGACAUAUUGCAUAUGAAGACAUCAUUGAAGCAACCGAGGAUUUUGACAUCAAAUAUUACAUUGGAACAGGUGGUUAUGGUAGCGUUUACAAAGCUAAAUUACCAAGCGGAAAUGUGGUUGCCUUAAAGAAGCUUCAUCAGAGAGAGGCUGAGAAUCCUAUUUUCUUUAGGAGUUUUAUGAAUGAGGUAAGGGUGUUAACAAAGAUUCGAUAUCGAAAUAUUGUGAAGCUGCGUGGGUUUUGUGUACAUAAAGGAUGCAAAUUUUAAAUUUAUGAGUACAUGGAAAGGGGAAGCCUAUUUUGUAUCCUAAGAAAUGUUGAUGAAGCUAAGGAACUAGAUUGGAGCAAGAGGGUAAACAUCAUCAAAGGCGCAGCACACGCCUUAUCUUACAUGCAUCAUGCAUGCAUCCCAGCAAUUGUUCAUAGAGAUAUAUCAUCAAACAACAUUUUGCUAAACUUCGAGUUCCAAGGUUUUAUCUCUGACUUUGGAACUGCUAAACUCCUUGAUCCUGACUCUUCCAAUCAAACAUUAGUUGCUGGCACUUAUGGUUAUAUUGCCCCAGAAAAUGUGAAAUUCCAAGAAGCCAUUACUCUAGCUGAUGAUCUGGCUGAAACUUGUUGAUUCCAUGGAGGGAAUUGUGAAGAGCAAUCAACAAGUACACAUCACUUCUUUUUCAAAGAAGAUACAGGGUUUGGGUAUCUUGCUUCUCUUAAGAUAUAUUGCAUUUUUUUUAUAAAGGAUUUCCGGCAAGCCUCUUUAUAAAUAUGUGGUUGCGUCAACACAAAUCAAUAACAAUAAGUAUUUGCAAUCACCUGACUAGUCAUUUUAUUUAUAAAUGCCAGGUUGGACUUGGAGAGAGAGACGUUAUCAAGAAUGUGAUAAUGAUUACCCCACAUGACGUAGUUGUGAUGAAGUUGUUCUAUCCAACCUACAAUGCCCGGGUGCACUUGGUCUAGAUAACAUUUUUAAAUAUAAAAGAGCAGGACAUUGUGCACUAUCUAAAUGAAUGUUAAGAUUGGCUUCUAAUGUUUAGAAGCAACAAUGUGUACUAAAUAUUUAGUAGUUUGUAAGUUGUAGGUUCUUCGUUCCAUUUGGUCCACUCCCAAUGUAUAGCCCAUAACUACAUUGAUGUGAAUUCUCAACUAGGAUUAGAUGAAUGAAUGUGUUUGAUAUUUCAUAUUA